GUAUUCUUUUAAAAUUAUAGAUGGCUGAAACUGAAAAUGUACAACCAAUGGAAGAAGAUGCUGAAGUAGAAACAUUCGCAUUCCAAGCGGAGAUUGCUCAGCUUAUGAGCCUCAUCAUCAACACAUUCUACUCCAACAAAGAAAUCUUCUUGAGAGAACUCAUCUCCAACUCCUCUGAUGCCCUCGACAAGAUCCGAUAUGAAAGUCUCACCGACCCGAGCAAGCUGGACAGCGAGAAGUCCCUGAACAUCCGCAUUGUCCCCAACAAGGAGGAGAAGACCCUGACCCUGACAGACACUGGCAUUGGCAUGACCAAGGCAGAUCUUAUCAACAACUUGGGAACAAUUGCAAAGAGUGGCACAAAGGCAUUCAUGGAGGCUCUUCAGGCAGGUGCUGAUAUCUCUAUGAUUGGUCAAUUUGGUGUUGGUUUCUACUCAGCUUAUCUGGUAGCUGACAAAGUGGUCGUCACGUCCAAGCACAACGACGACGAGUGCUACACGUGGGAGUCAUCAGCAGGUGGUUCAUUCACCAUCAGAACAUGCUCAGACGAUACCAUUAAACGAGGAACACAGAUUGUUCUGCAUUUCAAAGAAGACCAGGCUGAUUAUCUAGAGGAAAAGAGAAUCAAAGAAAUCGUGAAGAAACACAGUCAGUUCAUUGGAUACCCAAUCAUUCUUGUUUGUUCAAAGCAACGAGACAAGGAAGUCAGUGAUGAUGAAGAGGAAGAGGAGGAAGAAAAGAAGGAUGAAGAGGAGGACCCAGACAAGCCAAAGAUUGAAGAUCUGGAUGAGGAUGAAGAAGCAGAGAAAAAGAAAGAAAAGAAAAAGAAGACAAUUAAAGAAAACUAUCUAGAAGAUGAAGAACUGAACAAAACUAAACCACUGUGGACACGUAACCCAGAUGACAUCAGCACAGAGGAGUAUGGUGAAUUUUACAAGAGUCUGACAAAUGACUGGGAAGACCACCUCGCUGUUAAGCAUUUCUCUGUUGAGGGACAACUAGAAUUCCGAGCACUCCUGUUUGUGCCAAAGAGGGCGCCAUUUGAUUUAUUUGAGAACAAGAAAAAGAAAAACAACAUUAAACUGUAUGUCCGACGUGUAUUUAUCAUGGACAACUGCGAAGAAAUAAUGCCAGAGUACCUUAACUUCGUAAAGGGUGUGGUCGACUCAGAAGAUUUGCCACUGAACAUCUCCCGUGAAAUGCUGCAACAGAGCAAAAUUCUCAAGGUCAUUAGGAAGAACAUUGUUAAGAAAUGCAUGGAGCUCUUUAACGACAUCGCCGAUGACAAAGACAACUACAAGAAAUUCUACGAGCAGUUCAGCAAGAACUUAAAGCUUGGCAUCCACGAGGACUCAACCAACCGUGCCAAGCUGGCAGAGCAUCUCCGCUACUUUACCUCGCACUCUGGCGAUGAGAUGUCCGGUCUAAAGGACUAUGUAUCCAGGAUGAAAGAAAACCAGACACAAAUCUACUAUAUCACAGGUGAAUCAAAGGAUCAAGUGAACAACUCCGCGUUUGUUGAAAGGGUCAAGAAGCGAGGAUUUGAAGUAAUCUACAUGACCGAGCCCAUUGAUGAGUAUUGCGUCCAGCAGUUGAAGGAGUACGACGGCAAGACUUUAGUCUCUGUCACAAAGGAAGGUUUGGAACUUCCAGAGGACGAGGAACAGAAGAAGAAGCGAGAGGAACAGAAGUCCAAGUUUGAGAACUUGUGCACAGUGAUGAAAGAAAUUCUGGACAAAAAAGUAGAGAAGGUUGUAGUUUCUAACAGACUGGUAACAUCACCGUGUUGUAUUGUAACAAGCCAGUAUGGAUGGACAGCUAACAUGGAGAGGAUCAUGAAAGCCCAGGCUCUCAGGGAUAGCAGUACGAUGGGCUACAUGGCCGCCAAGAAGCACCUUGAGAUCAACCCAGACCACACCGUCAUGGAGACUCUCCGACAGAAGGCGGAUGCCGACAAAAACGACAAAUCAGUCAAAGAUCUAGUAAUGCUGCUGUUUGAAACAUCCUUGCUGUCAUCUGGUUUCUCAUUGGAUGAUCCACAUGUGCAUGCUGCCCGUAUCCACAGAAUGAUCAAGCUUGGUCUUGGAAUUGAUGAUGAUGGUACCACAGAAGAAGCAACUGCAGAUGAGGAUUUGCCACCACUUGAAGGGGACGAUGAAGAGGAUUCCUCGCGCAUGGAGGAGGUCGAUUAAAUGCAUAAUAGUUGUCUGUUACGUUUGAUAGCUCUUGUAAUAAUAUGUCAAUUAUUACAAAUAUCGAAUGUGCACACAACAAUUACACAACAAAAAAAGUCAAUCUGUUGAAGAAGAUUCCUCAUGCAUGGAGGAGGUCGAUUAAGUGCAUAAUAGUUAUCUGUUACGUUUGGUUGCUCUUGUAUUAAUACGUCAAUUAUUACAAAGAUAUCGAAUGUGCACACAACAAUUACACUACAAAAAAAGUCAUUAAGUUAUCAAAUAACAUACAACUCAGUUCAUCACCGAAUGACAAAAUUUGUUGUGUAAACAUGGUUUAUAAUUUUUAUUCAGAGUAAAUUUUUUUUUGGUUAUGACCAAAUCGUUUAUACUUGUUAUACUGUUCUGUUUAAUACUGUUGAUCAUGUGAUCUAUAUAACGGUGCUGGUUUAAUUUCAUGUAUGCAAGUGAUUUACCGUUUCCAGCAUAACAUCAGAUUAAGUUCAAUCAUCGUGUUAAUUUGGAAAAAUUAAAAAAUCUUUCGACGUGUUGUACAGCUUUUCUGGUUACUUAUAGCCGAGAGCAUUUCAAGGCAUAGUGAAGAUGCAUGUGACAUAGUCUAUACCCCUUUUGUUGUACUACAUAUUCCUGAUGACAAUUAAAAUAUUUAAAUAUAAGCCCACCCCCUCACAGAUAUGUGACGUGUGGUCUUUAAGAAAUACAACAGUGUCUGUAUAGUUAGUACUGUAUUGCUUUAUGUUGUAAUGUCUUGAUAUAUGCCAUAAACCUUAACAUUUUGUACAUUGAUGUCUAAAAAAAAAACUACCGGUAGUUGUAUGGAAAUAUUCAUUCUGAAAAAAUAAAAAAAACCAACAUUGCAAUA